AACUUGGAACGACUUGAACUUCAACAUACCCGCAUGACAUCAACUCGACGGAAAACAGACAGUCGGACGAGCAUGCACGACUUCGACUCAGAGAGCCUAACUUGAAGGCUUUCAUUGUUGAGAAUGUCGCUCGUUCCAUAUCAUCCGCGCGAGGGUCGUGAGAUCGUCCUCCGACACCACAACGCCAUUGUCGUCCGAGACCCAUCAUCACAGCGACUCGAGAUCCGUGGUCUGCAGCUUCACGAGUGUCCCACCUGCCACCAGCCGCUCCGUCCAACCUCGCCCGACAGACACUACGAAAGCACACACCAUGGCGAGAGCUACGUGGACCCCGACUAUUUCCGCAUGUUACACGCCGGGCACAAUGCUCAAAACGUCUCGCAGCCGCGACCCCCCGCGAGUCCGAUCCGCCGCCUCGUCGAGCCGGUCCUCCACGACGGAGACGUGGGCGCGGCCGAGUUUGUGAGCAGCUCCCCUGCACCUCAGCCGGGUGGGCGAAUAAAGAGGGAGGCUUUCAGCCCGAAUUACUUCAACACGUUCUUCAUCGAGGAGAGAGUGCUUGGCAGAGGAGGCAAGGGAGUCGUGCUGUUGGUGAGGCACGAAAUUGAUGGCUGCAACCUGGGUCACUUCGCCUGCAAGCGCGUUCCUGUCGGGGAUGAUCACGCUUGGUUAGAGAAAGUACUCGUCGAAGUUGAGCUGCUGGCAAAGCUGGCCCAUCCCAACCUCGUCUCGUACCGCCACGUCUGGUUGGAAGAUGUCCAGCUCACACGAUUCGGGCCCAGCGUUGCAUGCGCCUUCAUCCUCCAGCAGUACUGCAACGGAGGCGACUUGUUACACUACGUCAUCGGCGACAUGCCGAAAGAAGCGAGAACGAAGGAGGAGCUGAAGGCUCAGAUGCGGCGCAAGUCCAAGGGACAAGCUGAACGGCCCCAGGUUCAGAAGCGUCUACCACCCGAAGAGAUCUACUCGCUGUUCAAAGACGUCACCUCGGGGCUCGCAUAUCUACACGCCGCUAACUACAUCCACCGAGACCUGAAGCCAAGCAACUGUCUCCUGCACAAGGACGGAAACCAGCUGAAAUGUCUUAUUAGCGACUUCGGCGAGGUUCAGCCAGAGGAUGCCGUUCGUAAGUCGACAGGGUCCACCGGGACCAUCUCAUACUGUGCGCCGGAAGUCCUCAAGCGAGACACACGCGGCCGGUAUGGUAAUUUCACCACCAAGUCAGACAUCUUCUCCCUGGGUUUGAUUCUGUAUUUUAUGUGCUUUGGACGGUUGCCAUAUGACAAUGCCAACACGGUCCACGAGGAGUUGGAAGAUAUCGACCAGCUCCGUGCCGAGAUCUCCCACUGGAAGGGCUUCCAGGACGAGAGAAGGGAACGGCCGGACCUGCCGUCAAAGUUGUACCACCUGCUCAAGAGACUGCUCGCCGUCAACCCCGCAGAACGACCGACCGCUAGUGAGGUCUUGGGCGCUAUGGGAGCCGAUUCCGCUUUGGACGGGAUGAUGAGGGGUGUUAGGAACACCAGCUCACUGUUCGGCGUCUCUGGGCAGCGUAUACAGAACUUGGAUUCACCCGUGCCGCCCAGCACACCCGUUGGAGACCCUUCGAAACGCGCCCGUGUAAACAGUGCGAUAGACGACGAGCUCCCCGCCCCAUUCAACCGCGCAUCUCCUGACCCUCGCCCACAGCCCAGCAGUAGCAGCACUCUCAUCGCCCGACGCAUCACCCCGCCGUCCCCCAGAACAACAACAACAGCACCUCGCCAAGACGAUAGCACAUCCCACGCCAUGACCCUCGCCCGCAGCCACCGCAGCACUGGUGGGAACCGUAGCCCACGCCGUUCCCCAUCCCCCUCAUCCCAGCUCAGCCUCAACCCGGAGUCCGUCUCGCAGUCUGCGACCGUCACCACUCCCCUACUCAUGCCGCCUCCAACAACACGCUUCGAGCGCGUUAGGCAGGCUGCUGCGCUGGCUGGGUAUCGUGCUGCGGGAUGGGUGACGCGACAUACAGCGCUUUUGAGGCCGGUGCUCUUUGGGAUCAAGAUCCUUUCUCUGUCAUGGGUCUGCUGGCCGUAUAGUGCCGAGUGGGGAUUUGUGGCUGGGGUGGUGGCGUUGGCGACACUAGAUUUGCAUUCCGAUUCUGAUGGAGCGGCCGGAGACUGGGUUAGGGGAAGGCAAUGGACCCGGAGUCAGGUUCAGGGUCAGAGUCAGGAGGUGUCGGGCGUGCGCGGGGUGAACCGCUGGUUUGUGGGCUGGCGGAGGAGUCUGGUGUUGCUGGUGAUGCACUGCGCGGUGAUGGGAGCUGCGUCCCGGUUUGGGAUGCUGUGUGCUGGAGGAAGGGGGAGGGGACUAUGGGAGGAGUGGUGAUGCCGUGCGAUUUUCAGGGGGCGAUGCCUUGGCAACAAGGUGUCUCACAUCACACGAGGGUUUGGGGGUUGUCUCACGGUCUCACUUGGGCGACAAGCAUCAUUACGCGAGCAUCGCUACAUCACAUCAUGGCAGGCGGCUUUCCAAGGACGGGACAUCACGCAACGGUUCCUUCGGCUUCUGGUGGUCUCUCAUGAAAAAGACCGCGGGGGAUAAGGUCCAAUAGUAUGCUUACCCACACUGAUAUCAUCAGUCACUGACGAGUCUCGGAAUCAGUGCUGAUCUUGGACCUCGACGCCCGGUCUGGGAAUGCCGUGAUAAUGCGGUCAUGC